AUGGGGUUCUGUCGAGUUUUUGACUGUAUGGAUGGCUGGCCCUCCAUUCUUGGCGGUUGGAAAGGAUCAGACGAUGACGACAUGGCUACAAUUCCUACGACAAUGGGUCAUCAUAUGAAAGGCAAUGAAGAAUGCAAUAACAAGUACCGAGAAUCGAAGGAAAUAACAAAGUCACGACCAUUCCGUUUCCGUAAUCCAUUGGCCAAGAAGAUGGUCGAAGAUGCGGUAGAACGUUCGAAAUACAAUACGAAAAGCCGACAAAGGAUGUUGAAAUCAGUACGAGAUUCUGGAGAGAGUAAGAGUCAACAUGACAAGAAUGAUGAUUCGAUAGAUCAACGCGUUGCAUUAGCAGCGAAAAAGAAACGACCUGACAUGAAACGAGUAAAGCAGCAGCGACAAUCUUCAAUCAGUUACUCCAGAAAGCAGCAUCGACAUCAUCAACAACAACUGCAUCACCAACAACAGAACAAAGAGAAUGUACAGCAGACAUACAAUUCCUUUUUAAAAUUUCACAGCAAACAGAAACCGGAACGAUCACAAACCCCUAUACCUGUGCCUGGUCCCAUGAGGCUAGACCCCAAGGCAGCAUUGAAAUCGAAAAGAGCCAACCAGAUUGUUCCAAAACGAAGACAAGCUAGUUCCACAACAUUUGCCAUUUCAAUCCUAAAGCGAAAGGAUGCCAAUGACAGUAAAAGACAGUCGCCACCAACCUCGUAUUGCCCUCCGAUAUCCACUCCCCUCGUUCCAAUUGGAGAGGAAAAGGCAACGAAACUGAAGAAACUGAAACCAUCCAUCCCUUGGAGUCGAAAAGUCCAUGUAACUCCAUUUCAACCAGACAAGUACUAG